GUUGUUUCGAACACGAGCAGACGUGCUCGCGCACUUCUGCGAAAAAAUAUCUUAAUAAAUGUGCAGGAAAUUCGGUUUAGAUUACGGUCCAACGAGUGCGGCACAUUUUUCACAACGCAUCCGCACUAUUUUCAAGCCCGGAUGCCUUGCAGAGAUGGUGAAAUAUUGUGAUUAAAAUUCUCCCCGUCUGAGAUGUCUCAAACAUGAAUGAAGGUAAUUCAGCAGGAGGGGGGCAUGAAGGGCUCAGCCCGGCCCCUCCUGCUGUGCCUGACCGCGUAACUCCACAUUUAACGGAAAAACUAGUUGCGACAACCAAAACCACGACCACGACAGGGCCAUCAGGUACAGGAUCGGCAGCAGGAGCAGCCUUGCCGGCCACCCGCCAUCACCACCAUCACCUUGCCAGCCAAGCAAAAGGAAUCGCCAGCAGUAGCAAACAGAAACAGCUGCCCAGUGCGCAGCUGCCUGUGCCGCUGUCGCCCUUGCCGCAACAACAACAACAGCAAACGACAGAGGCAACGGCAGCAGCAGCAGCACCCGCCCACUCAGCUUACUCCAAUCCAUCCGCCUCAUCUAAUACCACCGCCACGAUAGAAGCCUCUGUUUCGCCGCCGCAGGCCAAGCGUCAGCGUUUGGACAACAACGAGGAUAGGACGAGCACCAGCAGCAUUGUUGGGACCGCUGGGAGCACCAACAUUGUUGGCUCCCUGCUCCCUGCAUCUGUGGCCUCCACCAGCGAGCUCGGCGGGCUUUCAUCCACGGCCCUACAGGACCUGAAUGCCCUGAAAAAGCGCAUACUCCAGCAAAAGUUGCAGAUCUUGCGUAAUCUUAAGGAAAGGCAUCUUGAAAAUGUGUCGGAAUACUUUUACCUACAAAACGGCGGCAGUAUGAUGGACUACCCUGCGUGGCGCAAGAAGACACCAACCCCGCAGUUCAUCAGCUAUAGCAAUGCGAAUCGUAUAGAUCAGCUGAUACACGAGGAUAAGCCGAGCACAUCAGCAGCAGCAGCUGCGGCUCAAAAUCAGUCUCAGAAAUUAACUACCCAGCAAACAGCCACAUUAGAAGUGUCAGUGGACAGCGGGAACACUACAGGAACAAUUGCAGCAGCACCAUUGGAUGGCAACAUUAGCAAUACCACAGUGAAAACGAAUACGCAAUCUCAAGCGCCAAGCAAGAUUGGCAGCCACACAACCUCAAGUCCAGCAGCAACAGCAAGUAGCACAGUAACAGGAACUGCUGCAACUGCAACCCUCACCACCACAACUGGGAGUUCGGUCGAAGCAAGUGGUAAUGUCCUGCCACGAGAAGCGGAAAUCAAAAUCCCUGCUGUUGGAGCCACCCCGGUGGCUAUUUCAACAAAACUUCCUGCCGCCGUUGUCCAGCUAACGCAACAAGGUCACAUACCCGGUAGACCUUUAGGAGGUCGUCACGGUAUGGUCUUCGGUCAAAUACCCGCUCCUCCUGCUGCCGUAGGAAACCCUUCUGUACCUUUGGUGCCAGGUGGCACCCCGCUGUUACCCUGCAGUGCAUCAGUGGGAUCGACGGCGCUGCGGCGACCGCAGGGUCAGAGCAAUGCCGCCAGCGGAACCUCCGUGGCUGCUGGAGGAGGAGGAAGCGGCACACCGACGCCGCUAUAUACGGGAAAUGGCCCGGCAGCGUUGGGCGGCAGUGGGGCCCUCACGCCCGGAACUCCAACAUCCGGCAGUCUGCUUAGCCCUGCGAUGGCCGGUGGCUCUGGCACGCCCACUAGUGCGGCGCAAGAGUUCUCGGUGAAGGCGAAGCAGGAGGUGUACGUGAUGCAGCGUAUAUCGGAACUACAGCGAGAGGGAUUAUGGACUGAGCGGCGACUGCCCAAGCUGCAGGAACCCAGCCGCCCCAAAGCUCACUGGGACUAUCUCUUGGAGGAGAUGGUCUGGCUGGCGGCCGACUUUGCACAGGAGCGAAAGUGGAAGAAGAACGCGGCGAAAAAAUGCGCCAAGAUGGUGCAAAAGUAUUUCCAGGACAAGGCGACAGCCGCCCAGCGAGCGGAGAAGGCUCAGGAACUGCAUCUAAAGCGAGUGGCAUCCUUCAUUGCGCGCGAAGUGAAAAGCUUCUGGUCAAAUGUGGAGAAGCUGGUUGAAUACAAGCACCAGACAAAGAUCGAAGAGAAACGCAAACAGGCUUUGGACCAGCAUCUGAGCUUCAUUGUAGACCAGACGGAGAAGUUUUCGCAGCAGCUCGCCGAGGGAAUGAACAAGAGUGUGGCGGAAACGCCCAGUCUCAAUUCCAGCCGUCUAACAUCGCCCAAACGGGAGUCCGAUGACGAUUUCCGCCCUGAAUCUGGCUCUGAAGACGACGAGCAGACCAUCGCCAAGGCCGAGGAGGAAGAUGCGGAUGUUAAAGAAGAGGUUACUGCGCUGGCCAAGGAGUCAGAGAUGGACUUUGAUGACUUCCUUAAUGAUCUGCCACCUGGCUAUCUGGAGAAUCGUGAUAAGCUUAUGGAGGAGGAGCAAAGUUCGGCUGUAAAAGCCGAAACUCCGGAAGAUAGCGAUGAUAGCGAGUUUGAGGCAAAGGAAGAGAGUGAAGACGAUGAGAAUACCAUCAGCAAACAGGAAGAGGCCGAACAGGAAAUUGACCACAAGAAGGAGAUCGAUCAACUAGAGGCGGACAAUGAUCUCUCAGUGGAACAGUUGCUGGCGAAAUACAAGUCGGGCACAGCCAGUGACCAGCCGCCAAGUCCAAAGCGACGAAAGCUGGCGCCUCGUGGACCUGAGCUGGACUCGGAUGAUGAUUCGACGGCUGUUGAUGAUUCUACCGAAGAAAGUGAAGAGGAGGCCACCGAUGAUGAAGACAUGUCAACUAUUAAAACUGAUUCGGAUGUGGAGGAGCAGGACGAACAGGAGGACGGCCUUAAAAGUCUAAUGACGGAUGCCGACGCGCCUGGUGGAGCUGCUGGUAGCGGAAGCAACACAGGAACCAGUACCAACAAGGACGACAUGCUUAACGAUGCCGCCGCCCUGGCCGAGAGUCUUCAGCCCAAGGGAAACACCUUGUCCUCGACCAAUGUUGUUACCCCAGUGCCAUUCCUGCUGAAGCACUCCCUGCGUGAAUACCAGCACAUCGGACUCGAUUGGUUGGUUACAAUGAAUGAGCGCAAGUUAAACGGCAUCCUGGCCGACGAGAUGGGUCUGGGCAAGACCAUCCAAACUAUAGCUCUGUUGGCCCAUCUCGCCUGCGCUAAGGGCAACUGGGGACCUCAUCUUAUUGUGGUGCCUUCAUCUGUGAUGCUCAACUGGGAAAUGGAGUUCAAGAAGUGGUGUCCCGGCUUCAAGAUACUCACCUACUAUGGAUCCCAAAAGGAGCGCAAGCUUAAGCGCGUGGGCUGGACUAAGCCAAAUGCUUUCCAUGUUUGCAUCACGUCUUACAAGCUGGUAGUGCAAGAUCAGCAAAGCUUCCGCCGCAAGAAGUGGAAAUAUCUGAUCUUGGAUGAAGCGCAAAACAUUAAGAACUUCAAAUCGCAGCGUUGGCAACUGCUACUUAAUUUUUCCACCGAGAGACGUCUGUUGUUGACUGGAACCCCACUUCAGAACGACCUGAUGGAAUUGUGGUCCUUGAUGCAUUUCCUCAUGCCGUAUGUCUUCUCAUCACAUCGGGAGUUCAAGGAAUGGUUCUCCAAUCCAAUGACAGGCAUGAUUGAGGGCAACAUGGAGUACAACGAGACAUUGAUUACGCGUUUGCACAAGGUGAUUCGUCCGUUCCUACUUCGACGCCUUAAAAAGGAGGUGGAAAAACAAAUGCCAAAGAAGUAUGAGCACGUGGUCAUGUGCCGCCUGUCGAAUCGCCAGCGUUUUCUCUACGACGAUUUCAUGAGUCGCGCCAAUACUCGGGAAACCUUGCAAACCGGAAACUUGCUGAGCGUGAUCAACGUUUUGAUGCAGCUGCGUAAGGUGUGCAAUCACCCGAAUAUGUUCGAGGUGCGUCCUACCAUCUCACCAUUUCAAAUGGAGGGCAUCACAUUCCACACUCCGCGUCUCGUCUGCGACAUAAUGGAGUAUGAUCCGUUUACGCAAAUUAAUCUAGAGACGGUGAACCUUUUGCUGAUGCAUCUGGAGCAAACGAUGACCGCCUACGUCUCGCACAAAUCCCGCCUGCUCGCCCCGCCUCGCAAGCUUAUCGAGGAAAUCGAUACAGCUCCGCAGCCGGCUCCACGUUGUCCGAAUGGCAAAUACCGCUUUCACAUUCGAGUACGCAGUGCGGAGCUGGCGCAGCGCAUUAAGUUGAAUGCCGUAAGAAUAGGAGCCAGUCCUGCCAUGCGAAUGGAGGGCUCGAAGGUUGUGCCAAUGCGCAGUUUAGUACCAAGCGGAAGGGUUCUGAAACGAGUCAGCGGCUCCAUUAACCCUGUGAACAUGGCUUUGAAACCAGUGGUGAUUAAUAGUGUGGUGACCACAGCGUCAUCGACCGCGGCAUCCUCGCCUACUGGGGCAUUGAGUGUACUCAGCAAUUCCAAAAUGCUCGGGGCACGCUCGCAAAUUAAUGCACCAACGCCCGCCAAAGUGGCAAAAACGAUGCAGGACGGCAAGCCAUUUUUCUACCUCACUCCGGCAACGAAUUCGGGAGCAGCUGGAGCGCGUCUGACACUGACCAGCAAAACCACAGCUAUGGCGGCCACGACGAGUUCCGGAACAACAGCAACCGCAUCACCAACGGCUACCCAGCAACUGAUCAGAGAUCCCAUCGUAAAGGAUCUGGCAACGCAUGUUAAGACCACGGCUCAUAAGCAAAGUAUUGCUAACGGAAAAACCGAGCCCGAGGAAGAAACUGAAACCGAGGAUCCCUACAAGGUGCAGGAGCUGAUUCAGAUGCGCAAGGAACAGCGAUUGGCCUCUCUCAAACGAAUGGCCAUGAUAAAUCGUCGGCGUACCGAUGCCACUCCCAUAUACGGUGAGGAUUGCCGUGGAGCCAUUGAGCGUUGUAUGCAAGCGACGCGAUCGCUUAAGCGAUCCACAUGGCAGACUCGUGGCUAUGCCAAUUGCUGCACGGCUAUGGUGCACAGGGAUGGCUGGUCUCUCAACCAUUUGCUGAAGAGCUUCGAGGAAAGAUGUGCGGAGCUAAGCCCGCUUUUUGCCAACUUUGUGAUCUAUGUUCCUUCCGUGUGUGCGCCACGGAUCCGUUGCUAUGUGCAGAAUCUCGCCUCGACAAAAUGGCAGUACGAACGUCAAAUCGAAGACACAGUGAGCCGGGCGCUUCUGCCUAAGUUGGCCCUGCUGCAUCCAAUUAUUUCGGCGAUGACUACGCAGUUCCCGGACCCCCGACUCAUUCAGUACGAUUGUGGCAAGCUGCAGACAAUGGAUCGUUUGCUGCGACAGCUGAAGGCUGAGGGUCAUCGCGUACUUAUCUUCACCCAGAUGACCAAGAUGUUGGAUGUUUUGGAGGCCUUCCUUAACUACCACGGCCACAUUUAUCUGCGAUUGGAUGGAUCCACGCGGGUGGAACAGCGGCAAAUCCUUAUGGAGCGCUUCAAUGGCGACAAAAGGAUCUUCUGCUUCAUUCUAUCCACGCGAUCUGGUGGAGUGGGCAUCAAUUUGACGGGUGCCGAUACUGUGAUCUUUUACGACUCCGACUGGAAUCCCACCAUGGAUGCGCAGGCCCAGGAUCGGUGCCAUCGAAUUGGCCAGACACGCGAUGUGCACAUAUACCGACUCGUCUCCGAAAGAUCCAUUGAGGUUAAUAUACUCAAAAAGGCAAAUCAAAAGCGAAUGCUCAGCGACAUGGCCAUCGAGGGUGGAAACUUCACUACCAGUUUCUUCAAGAGUUCCACAAUCAAGGAUCUUUUUACGAUGGACCAGACCGAGCAGGACGAUUCAAGUCAGGAAAAAACCGAAGGAAAUGAUAAGAUUGUGCCUACGACAACCACAACCCUUGUGGAGACAGAAACUACAGUUGUGGAAACCGAGAAGCAGUCAUUGCGCGCCUUCGAGCACGCGUUGGCCGCCGCCGAAGAUGAGCAGGAUGUGCAGGCCACUAAGACGGCCAAGGCCGAGGUGGCAGCAGAUCUGGCUGAGUUCGACGAGAACAUUCCCAUUGCAACGGAAGAUGCGAAUGGGGAAGGAGGCGCUCAAGUGGAACUCAGCAAGGCUGAUCUGGAAAUGCAGAACUUGGUCAAACAGCUCUCGCCUAUCGAGCGUUAUGCCAUGCGCUUUGUGGAAGCCACUGGAGCAGCCUGGACAGCGGAGCAACUGCGUGCCGCGGAGGCUGAGCUGGAGGCGCAGAAGCGCGAGUGGGAGGCCAAUCGUCUGGCGGCAAUGCACAAGGAGGAGGAGCUGCUUAAACAGGAAACGGAAGCCGAGGAGAUGCUCACCUACAGUCGCAAGGAUUCGAGCAAUCAGGUCUGGAUUUCUCGCAACACCAUGGAACAGAUGCCGAUGUGGUGUCCCCCAACGCCGCCGCAGGAUAACGAUAAUGACAUAUAUAUCGACUACUCGCUGUCGUUCAUGUACGACUUGGAGCCGAUUGCGGAGAUGGAUCUGCCGCCAGUUUACGUGCGCAAGGAGCACAAGCGUUCGCGCACGGAUGCUGGUUACGAUGGCAGCAGAAGGCCCAACAAGAUGCGUCGGGAGGAUAACUACGUGCCGCCCAGAUCGCUCUUCGAUCGUCCAACUCCGCAGCUCGCUCGCUUGCGUCGCGAGUUGAAGGCUCAGCGCUUCCGCGGAAGCUUCAAGCCGAACUCACCGAUUCCAGGGCUGAAACCGCAAUUGCCGGCUAAGCCACUCACUGAACCGGAGGCCAUGGCCGAGUGGGGCGUCUUCGAGGACAUUGCCAUUCUGCACGUGCUAGUUAAUCUCCAGGGGCUGCCUUGCAGUCUGAUGCUUCUAUCGCCGGGCCAAACACCCAACUGGGAUCUUGUGUCCGAAAUGGUGAACUUCUGCUCGAAGACCUACCGCUCGGCGAGGCAGUGCCGCUGGAGAUACGAGACGCACAUUCAGCCGCGCGAGGAAGGCAAAGUGGUGGAGAGUCCCAAGAAGCAGAAGAAGAUCAAGCCCACCCUGCGCACCGAGUACCUGAAGAGUCCGCUGCGAUAUUUGCGCACCACCCAGAUGUAUGUGAGCGACAACAACGCCUCCUUUUACAAGACGAUGCGUUCCCGCUUCGACAGCAUCAAGACGGCUUAUCUAAAGAAGGCACCGCCUCCAAAACGCCAAUUCAGUGCUCCCAGCCUGAUGAAUCCCAAGCACAUGGAGGUGCUGCAGCAGUUCGGCAUCCAGAACUACGAUCAGCCGGUGCCGCCGCAAAACAUUGCGGCCAUGAAGGCGAACAAGAUUCGCGAGAAGCAGCGCGGACAGCAGAUGCCGCAGCCUCCAGUUGGCGUGGGAGUGGGCGUUCAGCAGGUGCAACCGCAAGCGCAGCAGCAACAACAGCCAGCUCCACUUCCGCCGCAGCAGCAACAGCAGCAGCCGCAACCACAACAAGUGGUCCAGCAGGUGCAACAGCAGCAGCAGCAGGUGGUGCAGCAACAACUGCCCACUGUUUCGACCGUUCAGCAAACCCUGCCGGUUCAACAGACGGUGGAGCUGGUGCAGCAGCAGCCCAGCACGACGACAACGGUGGCUGUGCCCGCCGCUGGUCAGUUGCAGCAGCUGCAGAUUCAACACUUGACCAGUUCCACGGUCUCUCCCGGUCAGCAGACAGCCAUCCUGCUCCACCAACCGCAGCAACAGUUGCGCACGCAUCCUGGCCAGGCGGGACAAACCACCACGCAGCAGUUGGUCAAGACGAUAGUGGGCACAUCCUCCAGCCUGACGGGCCAGUUGCAACAGUUGGCGCAACAGUCGGCCGCCGCUUCUGGUGGUCAGUCAAGUGUGAGUGUGGUCCUCACCACUCCGGUGCAGACCCUUCCGGCGGUGGUGCAGCCGCAGAUCGGCUCGGGUGCCCAGAUCGUGUCCAUCUCCUCGCAGACGCUGCCGGUUAACAGUUCCCCGCAGCUGGGCAGCAUUGUGCAGACGCAGUCGCUGCCGCAGGUGGUUUCCGUCAGCACCCUGCCCACCGUUGGCACUGUGCUGACCACCACCGCCAGCCAGCAGCAGCAACAGCAUCAGACCACAGCGGUGACCACUCUGAACACCGCCAUGCUGCGUGGCCAGCGGAUUGUAUCGACUGCGGCGGGAAAUACUCUUCAACAGCGAACCACUGCCGGCGGUCAGUCGAUUGUGUCCAUGCCUAAUUUGGGACAAGGCGUGAGUCCGGCACAGUUCCAGACGCAGCUCCGCCUAGCUGCCGUGCCCACAUCUCCAGCCACGCAGACCACUCAGCUAGUGACCACCAAGGGAAUCCCGGUGAGCGCCUUGCAGCAAGGUGGAAAGGCUACGGUGAUACCGGGUACUCAGCAACCAGGAGGAGCACAUAUCCAGCUCUACCGUCAGCGCAGCUUGAAGGUUUUGCAAACGACGACUCAGGCGGUACCAGCAGGUUCAGCUGGAGGCACUACAGCCAAUCUGGUGCAAGCAGGAGGCACCAUAAUCCAGGCUAGCAAUAUGGCCACGCACGUGACUAGCCAAAAGGUGGCGGUUUCUGGAAUGCCGGGUACCUCCACCACCGUGCAGGCGGGUAACGUUGUGAGUAGCGUGCAGAUGCACGGCCAGGCCAGGACGCAGUUCAUCAAGCAGAUGGCGGCCGGAAAACAGCAACUGCAGCGCCAAGUUGUGGCUGCCGAUGGAACAACCACCACAGCGGGAACAGGAGAUAUGUUGUUGGUUAAGCGGCACAAUAUUCUGGCCGCCCAGAAGGCGCAGCAAGCGUCUGGAGCACUCUUUACCACCACCACUGGCCAGCAGCAGCAGCAACAGCAGCAGGGUCAACUCCCGGUGGCCGGGCAGCCGCAGCAGGUGACCCAGCAGCAGAUCGCCUCCCUGGUGAAAGCUUCUACGGCGGCGGCAGCCAGCGGAAGUAGUGUCAAUGCUGGCGGAGUCACUGUAUCAGCCACUAAUCCCACUGUCCAGGCGGGAAGCGUGAAUAUGACCCUGCCCCAGCUGAAGCCAGGCAGCCAGAUCAAGGUGACCAUGCCCAACCAGAUGCGACAUCUGCAAAUGCAACAGCAGCUAACGAUGCCGCGAAAGAUCAGCCGGAUGACGCAGCUGGUCAGUGCCAGUGGUCAGCCAACGGCCACGAAUAUAGUGACGACCACUGGUCCCCAGCAGCAGCAACAGCAGCAGGGAGUCACUGUCUCCGGCGGCGGCACCUUGCCCACAGUUGCUGGCCAGCAGCAACAGCAGCAGCAUCAGCAGAAGGUGGGCGGUGGAAACAGUGUGCAGGCACAGUUGUUGCACAUUCAGAACACAAAGGCGCUGCCGAACUCGGUGACCGUGCAGCAGAUCCAGCAGGUGAUGCGCAGUGGUCAGCAGGGCACACUGGCCACCACCAAUCUGGUUUUGGGCAAGACGAGCGUCGGCCGGGUGAUUCCCGUGUCGGUGGCGUCGCAGGCCAACCAACGACAAACAAUUCAGGUUGUUUCAGCUGCUUCCGCUCAGGCUCUGGCUGCAGGAAACCUGCGAACCCAUGUCGCUGGUCCGAGCAUCGCCAGUGCCCUAAAGGUGGCCGCCUCCGGAGGAGCUGGCGGGCAGACUACGCAGCAGACCCUGAUUGCUGCACUGCAGCAUAACCAGCGACAGAACGCAAGUCCUGUGCGUUUGCAGACCACCCAGGGAGGCAAUCUCCUGGCAGUUGUGCAACAGCAACAGCAGCAGCAACACACGAGCAUUGCAGGACCCACAGCUGGACCAGCGGAGGUGAUGACCAUAACGCAGACCACCACCACAUUGCCAACGGUGGGUAGCCUGCAGCAGCAGCAACAACAGCAGCAGCAGCAGCAACAGCAACAGCAGCAGCAGCAGCAGCAGCAACAACAACAGCAGCAACAGGGCGGCAUUUCGCAGCCCACAACGCAACAGGUACGCAAGCUGGUGCAGAAAAAGAUCCUGAUACGCAGCGAGAAAGAAUAACGCUCGAGCAAAGCCGCCAGACUACGUCACCGGCGGAGCAUCUCGAGCAUCACCUCCACUGCCACCGCCACCGCCACCGCCACUGCCACCUACAACACACCAAUUCAGAUUCAGAAUCAGAUCCAAACCCCACCACAACCACCACAAAAUCAAGCACCACCAAAUCAGUCUCAGUCAACAGCCAAUCAAUCUGAUCCUUUCGAAUUUCAAGAUCGAACAAAUCUCAAUAGCUCAUCCCACGCCGAUCCUCAUGCAUUCAAUCAGUCAGUCAGUCAGUCAGUCAAUCAGUCAUUGCUAAAUUGAUCUCAAUUUCUGUCGAUUGGUUUUGCAGCCAUGAGCGAAUGGCGAUCGCAGCGAUACGAUCUAACCGCUUGCUCUGGACGGAGGAUGAUGAGCUGAUGCUGAAACGCUGAAGAUGCCCACGAUGAUGGCUUCGAUCAGCUCAAGGCGUGGCCGCCGUAUUACUAAUAUUACUGAUCCCUAGAUAUAAUCCUUUUAACUUAAGUGGAAACUUACUGUAAAAUAUUCAUAUUACCAUCUUAGUUUUAAUGAGGAGAAGAGAGCCUAGUUCGUAGGCCCACUGCUUUAAAUUCAAUUUGUAAAUCGUAGUUAACUAAGGUCUCGGCCCUUAAUUCCUGUAGUGCAGUAUGUACAUUCGUAAAUCUAAUUCAGAUCUACCAGAUACUACAUAAUAAUCCUAAUAUAUACUUAUACACAUAUAGUUUUUACCUACCAAUAAUUUAUGCUCUAGUUUACUGAACAAAUGCAAAUAAAGAAAAUAUGUAAAA